AGUUGUGUUAAUAUUUUACUCCCCUUUUCUUUCCUCUUCAUUUCAAUCAUAUCGGCUAUCAUCAUAUCAUCAUCAUCAUACUUUCGGCGUAGAGGCAUUUAUUGCCUCCUUUCACAUUCUCCUAUUCGGUCACUGGGAAUUGGGCUAUGUAUUAGGCCACCCAUGUCUUUACUUGAAUCGUCUUUCGCCUUCAACGCUUGAAUGGGAGUGAAAAGAGCCACACCGGCCUCUAUGGCACGGCUAUGAGCCAAAAGGAAUCGAAUGAAGGGGCAAAUGCCCCUAUAGCUGGUCCGUCAACUGCAGCACAAGAGCAAACAGGCAAUUCAAGAUCAAAUGAAGAAUUGAAUUCAUCUGAAUCGAGGAGAUUAAGCGCGACAGAUUUUAGCAAUGUGGAUGCCGAAAAAGCAUUUGCAGAGGGAUUAAUCGCCAGAAAUGACGUUCGAGAAGCCGAAGAUGGAAAUGAGGCAGACGUAGAAGCAGCUCCUAAAUAUUUACCUUCCAAUAAAUCGAUUUUAUUACCGCCAAAAGCACGCUUAAAGAUUGGAAAAGGGUCUUCAGAUGAAAAUGCAACAUACCUCAAUAGAGCUGGUCCUUCUUCAUCUGUACAAGACAGAAAAAGGUUGAAUUUCAAUCUUCAUCCGCUGGUUGUACAUUCCAAUCCCGCCUCUGGAGCUGAGGCGAGCCCAAGAUCAUUCCGAAUAACCGACAGGGACCGGAUGAAUAUCAAUAGGGGAAGCGUCCGACAGACCGAAGAUAGAGCAUUGAAGCAAAAUGAAAGCAUUGAUGAUCAGCAUAGCAGCAUAGGAAGAAGCAAAGAAAGUGACGCAGAGUCUUUUCGAUAUCCCAAAUCUCCGUCAGUAUCAGAAUGGGUUUCCAGAAUAAAGCGUGGUAUAGGAGCAGGUGGAGAAUCCAGUACGACGGCUGUGUCGAAGCCAAGUCAAUCACGCCAAAAUCGAUCGCGAUCUAAGCAUCGUCAUCGGAAACCCAAAUCAGGAAGGAGUCGAACUUCAUAUCGGUCAAAUGAUCAAAGUCGCGAUGGAGAUUCGACGUUCGGAUCGGAUCAUGAAAACGAACGUGUACGACGUGGGAGUGAUGACAUUUUGGUUACUAUGGAUUCCAUUGAGGGAGGUAGAACAUCGUUUGAUCAUGCCGUCAAUACAGAUAUACCACCACCUCCUAAUGGACCUACCGCAGAUGCUUUAUAUCAAGUAGCCUCACGCAGUCUGGGUAAGAAACCAAGAUUACAUUUUGCACCACAAAAGCGAAAUAUCCGAAGGAGAGAUUUGCCUGACAAUUACGAGGCUGGUGACAUGUAUCGAGGAUUGGAAGAUUUUGUCAAGGAUUCCCGAAUACGGAGAAGAAAUCAGCGGAGAUCAGGAAGGAGGAAAUCAAAUGAUAGCGCCGAUGGAAAGAGUAGCUCUGGAAGGAAGAGGAGAGGUAGUCGUACAAGUCGAGCAUCAUCAGCCAGCAGUAUUGAAUCUAGCAGUAGCAGUUCAUCUUCUUCUGAUGACUCUUCUAGCUCAAAUUCAUCGAGUAGUUCAUCUGCCUCCGGUCGAUUGACGAUGGCUAGACUUCGUGCGUUCUUUGGUGACUCGUCUAGCAGUUCUUCCUCCUCUUCUUCCUCUUCGUCAUCGUCGUCUUCAUCAACAAGUUCAGACAGCCAUUCCGAUGUCAGUGAAGCCCGUUCAAAUGCCUCGGGUCCAAACUUUAAUUUCUUCAGACGAAGAAGGCAAUCCACACAUGGUGAUUCCUCGUCUAUGAUCGAGACUUCUUCAAUACCAAAUACACCGCGUACACCAGCUAUCAACUUCCAGCUGAAGGACGUCACGCGAAGCAGAAGAAGGCAUCGAAGGCAAAAACGUACACGAGAUGUAGAAAAACAAUUGAUCAAAGAAGGCAAGUUACCCGUUCGGGCGAGCAAAGCUGCAAGAAGAAAGGCAAAGAAAGCAAGGGAGGAAGCUGGAGGAAUAACCGAAUAUACCCUUUUCACACCCGUUGCGCUCUCUGAUAUUACUUUUCAUGGGCAUUCUUCCCAUCGCCAACAUGGAAACAGAAAGAGUACUUCAAGGCCAAGAAUGCCUAACCGUGGAUUUACUCAACAACGAGUAAGUCCGCAUCAAGGCACUGCCAAGGACAAACCCUCAGAAAAGGUAUUGACUACUACGUCAUUCGAAGCUGUUCGUGGACGACUACAUGCGCUGCGUCGGUUUAAGAAGCAACUCGAUCAUUUACAAGGAGAUCCGGGUGAAGGUCUGCGGGACGCAGAGAAAGAUGAAGAAGAAAACAUUAUGUUUGAGCGGGUGACAGGUCCUCAGCAUCAAGAAAAACCAUCCACAGAACAGGAUAUCGGUGAUAUGCUAUUAAAUGAAGAAGAUGGCGAUCUUGCAUUACCGCCGCCUGCCAUGGACCUGCCUGAAGAAUCGGAGUCGGUAACAUCCAGUAAAAAGCAAAGUCAACAGCGUACGCGAGAGCGACGAAAGUACAUGUCUGAUGUCCCUCUCACGCCUCGUGUCCAAAUGGCAAUCGCUACAGAGUUUUCCCGCGGUUUCGAAGUUUCUUCACCCAAUAAACCAUUCAGUCCUAGUUUGCCGACUCACAGCGAAGACAUCCUUCAAGAAUCUGCCAAUAUUUUUGGUAAACCUAUGACAAGAGAAUCUUCUUCUGAUGAUCCAAUCAUUCUUGACCAUGCACACUUUGAACCCACCAAGGAAGAAAGCAUACGGACCAAGGUUCCUUCUCCCUCGGAUGGGAGUGGAGCAAAAGGCGAUGAUGACGAUCGCAACGCUGCUUGGUGGCUAGAUGUGAGCUGUCCAACUUAUCGGGAUAUGACUGAAUUAAGCAAAAUGUUUCCUCUUCAUCCUCUUACCGUCGAAGAUGUUUUACAACAGGAGUCAAGAGAAAAGGUCGAAUUGUUUGAAAGUCUUGGAUAUUAUUUCAUCGUAGUUCGAGCGAUUGAUGAAAAGUACUUCAAAUACAGUACCGUCUCUAGCGAAGAUGUGACCUCACAAACAUCUAGUCUUACGCAAAAGGAUGACGAGUAUAAAGUUGAGAAGGGAGACAGUUUGGAAAUGCAAGAAUUGAAGAACGAGUGCCCACCGUCAAAAGAUACCUCACGAGAUGGACAACGGUCUCCUAGGCGGAAGAUGCGGGUAGACAUCGUCGAAGGCCUCGAUGGCAAGGAAGGUGUGGAAGGCGUGAGCGUUGGUGCAAUUAAUUUGUACCUGGUGGUAUUCAGUCAUGGAAUCAUUUCGUUUCACUUUGAGGAUAUAUCAAAGCACACUGAUCGCGUCAGAACCCGAUUGGUCGAUCUUGCACAACCUGUUGAACUGACAAGUGACUGGAUUGCGCAUGGUCUUUUCGAUUCGGUCAUUGAUGCAUACUUUCCACUUCUGGCUUAUAUUGAAACAGAAGUAAAAGAUUUUGAGCGAUUUACCAGUGAUCCUUUGCACAUGCCUUCCAUCUCCAAUGGCAUAAGAAGAUCAGCGAAGAAGGGCAAAAGUGGACAAGUUGUCAGCAUUGAAGGCACGGAUGAAAUAGAUCACGAUACGAUGCUACCUAUGCGGUAUGCCAACGAAAGCAACAUGGUUACUGUUCUCCGAAUUCUUCCGCGUAUGGAGAUUGGAUCAUUUACCCGUAAAGUCUUUCCGGAAAGUAUGAUGGAGCAAAGGGUGAAAGUGAGCCGAUUCAGGAUCCACGAAGGAGGUAAAGAUGUGAUCCCAAGUGCUGUCCGAAAGUUUUUGCAAAUGCCUGAACCGAAAGGUCAAUCGACUGCAUUUUUGUCCAAUUCUGCUCAAAAGCAAAAUGCCAUGCUUCGUCACAUUACCGAAACUCGCAAAAUUGCCAUGGGAUUGGCGAGAAUCUUGCAACCUAGUAAUGAUACCGUUCGUGCAUUACGUAAACGAUUGGUAGAAAUGCGUGGAACGAGUUCAGCACAAGAAGAAAUGUCAAUUUAUAUGGGAGACGUUCAUGAUCAUAUUGUUUCUUUGUUGACUCAACUAUCUUCUGAUGAAACGAGAUUAGGUGAUAUUCAUGCUUCUUAUUUGACAAGUAUUCGAAUAAACAAUCAUCGUGUACGACAAAAAGUUGAUCGAUCUUUGGUCACUUUAGUUGCUGUUGGUACAACUGUGAUGACGACUGUUUGGUCUAUUUCUAUUUUUGGUCAAAACGUUUACGUGCCUCAAAAUGCAAAGCCAUCCAAUGAUUAUCAUUGGUUUAUUGGAAUUUGCAUUGGAGCUUUAAUUAUUCCUGCCAUUUUCAUUACCCGUGUUAUUACUUGGAUUCGUGCUGCAAGAAAGCGAGCUAUAACGAAUCGGGCUCGUCGUUAGAAGCUCAUAACAUACAACCUGUAUAUUACGCAUGUUUGAUUAGCAAUUGCAUCUCUUGUAAAGUUGACAAUAUUGAUUGCUU